AUGUCUUUUAAAAUGGAAUAUUUCUACAAAAUUGUCAUAGUUUUAGCCUAUAUUCAUACAUAUUUGAUGCAAAACAGAUGUGUGAGGAAAGUAUUUCUAGCUGAAAAUGAACCUGAUUCUGGUGUAAAACGAGGGGAUGAAAAAGGCUCUUAUGAUGAUGAAAUUGUGACACGAGUUAUGAAUCUUUUAUCUGUUCAAACUUUGGGGAAAGAAGAAGAAGAACAGGAAAAAUCCGAAAAAGAGGAUUCACUCGAAGGUGUGGAAGAAAUGGGCGCAGUUGGUGGGAUGGAAGAAAUGGGUGCAGUUGGUGGGAUGGAAGAAACGGGGGCAGCUGGUUGGAUGGAAGAAAUGGAAGUUGGAGAAACAUCCUCAAGAAAAAGAAGACUAAUUCCAAGACUAGGAUAUUUUCAAUUAGAAAAUAUUAAAAAAUCCAAGGGGAGCUCUGAAGAAGAAGCAGAGUUGGAAGAAAUACAAGAAGAGGCAGCAACGUCAAGUGCAUUAUCAUCAAAAGAUGCACCAGAAGAGAAGCCUGAAGAAGCGAAAGACUACGAGAUAAAUGAGUUUAAAGGUGUACUAAGGGAGUGUGAUAAUAUAAAUUUUGAAAUUAAUGAUGAAGGAAUAGAGGAAUAUUUAAAAGCACGGAUAACCGGAAAGGAAAAAAUUUCUGAAUUGAAUAAAGCAUAUCCAUUAAAUUUGGGGAAAGGUAUUAACUUUGAUAAUCCCCGGAACCCCUUUGGAGAAGAGGAAGAACCUGAAAUAAGAAAUGAAACUGAAUUACGCGAAAAGCUAUAUUUUGAUAGUUUCAUGGAAAUUCCAUUAUUUGAAUUUUUAAAUAAUACAGCAGUGGGCAAUUUAUCUCUGGAAAAAAUUAAUUCUUUAUAUGUCCAACAAGGUAUUAAAUAUCUGCCAUGCAAUAAUUUUCUGUUGGAGUAUCUUGGUCCAAAAAACAUAUAUUUUAACAUUGAACAAUUUUUUAGAGAUAAUAUAGUAACAUAUUUAUCUGAGGAUAAAUGUGAAAUUUGCAAUUUUGAUGAUACAAAAAAAAUUGUUAUAGGACAAAAAAAUGAAGAAAAUAAUAAAGAGGUUGAAAGAUUAACAGAGAUAAAAAGAACUAGGGAAUUGACUUAUGCCGAAAGACAAAAAUUAAGAUAUAUCAUUUUUUAUCAUCUUAGGAAUAUGUCGUAUGUAGGGAAAAGAUUAUCUUGUUUUUCUGAAAAACGUAUUAAAAUUAAGAAAGAUAUAGCGCUUCUUUUAAAACAUUUCUCUUUACCUAAAAAUUAUAUAUAUAAGGAUGUUUCUCUUUUGGCAUGUCUACAUUAUACACUCAGUUAUGUUAUUUUAAUACUUAAGCCAUUGAGGGUUAAAGUUAUUGGAAAAAAUGAGAUAGACCAUAGGGAGCUUCAUAAUACUUCAGGCUUAGUAAAUUACUUCAUAGCUUUACUGGAGUUUAUAGAAACAAAUUCACAACUGUGUCAGAAAUUCUUUAAGACAUAUGAAAAUACUGGAGGUUUUUACCCACGUUUAAAAUCGAGUGAAGACAUAGUAGAAAUUUUUAAUUAUUUAAUGAUAAAGCGUCAAUUAUAUAGUAUAAUAUAUAAUAUAGGUAAAUUUCUUUCAAAAUUUAAAUAUUGUGAAGAACAGGUAGCUUAUUAUGAGGAGCAUAUUGUUGGGGAAUAUGUUAAAUUAACCUUUUCAUUAGGACGUACAUUAAAUAAAGCGAGAGAGUUAUAUAAAAGGUGA